GUUAGAUUAUAUAUUUGAAAAUCAACAGCUGGCAUUAUUUUUUGCUUUUUCUUUUUUCUUUUUUUAUCUUUGUUUUCCGAAUUUUGCCUUUAUGUUGCCUCCUCUCCCGUGACGCAACAAAACCCUUUUUUUCUUGCUUUAUGAUUGUUUCUCUCUUCUCCUCAUCCUCUUCCUUUCCCCCUGACCACCAGCACCGCUUAGCCUCUCCAAGUCCAAUUUACUCUUGUUUCUCUCCGACGACAAUCUCUGGCUAGUUAGGUUGACUUUGUGGUUUGUCUGGAUUGAUUUGUGUUAUUUUGGAUUGAUUUUGGGAUUUUUUUCUGGACUGAUUUUGUGGUUUGAUUUUUGAGUUCCUCGCUUCAUUAAUUUUUGGAUUGUUUCUACAUUUUGUGCUUCAUUAUUGUUCUUUUCGAUUGAUUGUCUUAAGAAAAUGAGUUAAGAGUCUAACUCAACAUUACAAAACCGGUUUGUAAGGUGAGAGUUAUUCUCUAUUUAUAAAUUCUUUAUUUGUUUUAUCUCUAGUUGAUUUAAGAAUUGAGUUGUUUCCCAUGGUGGGAGACUUGGUUAGGUUGCCUACCUUAGCCUUCAUCAUAUUCUUCGUUAUGUCUGUUUUUAUGCUUUUGAUUUUAGAGUUUGGUUUAAGGUCUGAUCCCUAGGCGUAAAUCUCUUUCAUUUUGAACCAAACAAGCAAAAAACAAAAGAAUGGUUACAAAAAAUCCUUUUUCUAGUUUCUUCUCUGUAAACCCAAGUAUACUAACUUCCUUCCCUUCCUUUUUACCCUGGAACCAAAGCAUGUUUUUUUCCCUAUUUAAUUUUAUUUGGUAAUAUGAGGAUCGUUCCAAAGAUGGUACUUUUUGGUUUGUGAUAUUUAAUACGGUUAAUGAUUAAUGAAUAUGAGAAAGACCACUUAGGGCUCUUGCCCUCCUCAUACCUGUCAAAGGCCAUAACCACUUGUUUUCAUAUUAACCUGUUAGGUUUGUGUUGUAAUUGUUUUUGUUAAGUUAUUCUGUGACUUUCUGAUCAAUAUGCAAAAUAGGCUUAUAUAUAUGUGCUCUGUUUGGAAUCUUUCUGCCAUUGCAUCAAAAGGAACUAUAGAAUCUUCAAUGAUAAUAAAGAGAUGGUUUAUCUUGCGUCUUUGCUUUGUUCUCCUUACUGUUAUUAGUUUUUUAGUAGGAAAUUCCUCUUUUGAUAUUCAAGGAGAUUUGGUGUUCUUUUUCUUCCAUUCUGUUAAGAGUUAGGGUGGUGUCAUAUCUCCUACUUCUUUCUUUUGUUGUAAAGAUUGCUUGCCCUUAUUCUUGUAAUUUCUCAUUGCAGUCUUAAUAGUACUUGUCAGAAGGAAAAAGAAAAGCUAAUUCUCUGCCACUGUCUAAUACCCUAUAAUUCAAGAAUUUAUGUUAUUGGUUUAUCCUUUCGUAUGACCCUUAUCACGUAUUUCUUGUUCCUUGAAUUUGGUGCAUAUGGCUAGAGAAAAAUGCCCAAGUUAUCAGGGUUAAUCUCUUGCUGUUUCUUUGUCAAUGAAUUGUAUUUGUUUUGUGAGUUUUUGUCAUGCUCAGUGAUCAUUUUGGAGGUAUUUUAUUGAUGGAUGUGUUGAUGUGUUGAUGAGCUUUGUUCAUUUAAUGUGCUUUUCUGUUUAUUUUUCUUCAGUUAUAUAAGCGCCCUUUUAAAUCUGGAAAAAAGGGAUGCAGGAAUUGAACUUAAGCUGUGAAGCUACCCAUUGGGGAUCGUGGAUAAGCCAUCAGCAAUGUCACGGGAGGAAGAUUACUCAUGGGAUGAACGGAAUUCAACAUUAAGGGUAUCUCCUUUCUCGCAAAGAGAGUUUAGAGGACACCAUGGUAGCCCCGAACCACAUUAUUCUGACAAAUCCAAGUUGAGUGAUAAAAAUCCAGAGCCCAGUGAGGUUUUGUGGAUUGGGUUCCCAGCUCAGUUGAAGGUGGAAGAAUCAAUUUUAAGAAAGUCUUUUUCUCCAUUUGGUGAGAUAGUGAAGAUUACUACAUUUCCAGGUCGUAGUUAUGCUUUUGUUCGCUUUAGGAGCCUGACGUCUGCAUGCAGAGCAAGAGAUAAUCUGAAGGGAAAAUUAUUUGGGAAUCCCCGUGUACAUAUUUGUUUUGCCAAGAGUGAAACAGGUUCAUCGAGCAGUGAGAGGAGAUCAUUUAAUGCCCCUCGUUCCCCAAUUUACAAGUCAAGUGGUCGGGAUGGAUCUGCUGAGAACCUCAGACAGGAUAGGAGCUUCAAUGGAGAUCGCAUCAUUGGUUCUCCAAAUCUUUUCCGGAAUCGGGAUUCUGAUGCUUAUGAUAACCGAAGGGGUUCUUCAUGGGCUGGUGGAACAAACUCGUAUGAACAAAGGAAAGUUGGAGAGAAGGGGAGAACACUAGGAGUAUCACAAGAAAUGUAUGAACAAAUGAAUAGUCCAUCAAGAGAUAGACAUGCUCAUGUGGAUGAUUUUCCACAGAGGUUUCCUCAAAAGGAUGCAUUCUUUGAAGAUUUGAGGGACUUGCCAGAUGUUCCAUAUCUACGGGAGGCUAAAAGGCUGAAGACUGGUUCACCUCCUCCUGAAAGAGAGCUUCCAGAGUAUCCUUUCUUCGAGUUAGAAAGACAGAAACGUGAGUUCCCAAGAUUAUUAACUGAUUUACCCCCACACGAGCCUUUUGAUAAAGGCUUUGAUGCUGGAAAUUUUAGUUAUGGCCAGACUCUUGAUCAUCCCCCAAAUUCCCCUCUGCAUCGUUUGGAUAGACAUGAAAGCUGGAAACCUUAUGAUAGUUUGCAAAUAGGUCCCGGUGCUGUGCAGUCAACUUUUGUUGAGAACAAAAGAUUCACGCCUGAACCUGAAGGUUCAUCUUUAACUGAGUGGAAAUGGGAAGGAACCAUUGCUAAAGGUGGCACUCCUGUUUGUCGUGCACGCUGCUUCCCUGUGGGGAAAAUCCUAGAUAUCAUGUUACCUGAAUUCUUGGAUUGCACUGCAAGAACUGGCCUAGAUAUGCUUGCAAAGCAUUACUACCAAGCGGUUGGUGUUUGGGUUGUCUUCUUUGUGCCUGGAAGUGAUGCUGACAUCGAAUUCUACAAUGAAUUUAUGCAUUAUCUGGAGGAAAAGCAGCGCGCUGCAGUUGCCAAGUUGGAUGACAAGACAACUUUAUUUCUUGUUCCUCCAUCAGAGUUCUCAGAGAAAGUACUGAAGGUACCUGGCAGGUUGAGCAUAUCUGGUGUCAUUCUGAGGUUGGAGAAUCCUGGUUUAAAUAAUCAUGGUCCAGGACACGUUCAAGGAGAAACGACAAAUGAAAACCUGUUGUCCUAUAAUGAGAAUAUACUCCAUCCAAAGUCAUCAUUUCCAUCAGUACGUAUUCCUACAUCUCCAUCUAUUUCAGAAUUGGGGAACUCUGGAAUCAGCAAUCUUUCAUUUCUGGGAAAUAAGUUUGCCGCAGCUCCAUCAGUUUCUGAUUCAGCUCACGAUGAAAGAAGUCGCAACUAUCCUAUCCAGCAGCGGACUUCUGGACCAAACUGGUCUUCACAAAAUCUGCAGAACUUAAUCUCUAAUAGAACUCUACCAUUGCAACAAUCAGGUGGUACUUUAGAACCUGUGAAUGAAGAACGCCAACCCAUCAGGGCAGUGCCAGAUGUAAACUCAAUUCAACAUUCCGGUAUUCCAUUUUAUGGCGAUGGCAAGUUGUCUUACCCAGAUAUCAGACAUUUAGAUCCUUUAUCAGUGCCUGUGGGAGCUGUUCCACCAGAACAGCUUGCACAACUAGCUGCAUCUCUUCUUGAGCAGCAGAGGCAAUCAGGAAGCUCUUCGAGUGCAUCUGCAUUGGGUGAUCCCCGGCAUAUGAACAGAUUUAACGCGUCUGACACCUCACCAAGAUUCAGCACAUCAGACACCUCCGCCAGACCACCCCAGAAAUAUGCUACAGAAAACAAUCUGGUGAAUUCUGAUCUCUCAACAUCUCAGUUUGGUCAAAUUCUACAGAUGCAAAAGCAACAACAGGUCCCAAAUGCGCCUCAGUUGCCACAGAUGGCACAAAGGGAGCCACAAAAAGAGGCUAACGGAAAUCAGCUGUUGACAGAUAAUAGUAGCUUGCAGGAAGAUGCUGAUGCAGAUCCACAGAAACGUCUACAAGCAACGCUACAGCUGGCUGCUGCUCUUCUUCAGCAGAUCCAGCAAAGAAAAGGAAGUUGAACAGUGCCAGGAUACUUGCUGUUAAUGUCUGUAAGUAGGAUGGUCGGAUUUUAAUUGAUGCAUUGCAAUGCAGUGGUUUGUAGGCAGUGUCAUUUGCGAUGGAGAUGUUGCAGUUCUUACUUAGUUGUUUAAAUUAGCUUUUACCUUCACAGUUCUCUCAUUAGCUUAAAAUUACCGUAUUACUAUUUAUCAAGACUAACGUGACAUAUUCUCAUGCA